AUGUGUAUGGAGAAUGAUGAUGAAUUUGGUAGUUGUGACCAUAGGAAUAGAGACAUUGUCAUACCAAGUGAAGGUGGUGUAUUUAGUCCAACUCCUGAUCGUGUUAAUGAUCACUCGCCUAUUCAAAAGGAUGAGUUUAGGAUUGAGCACACCAUUCUUUUAGAUGGUGUGACAUAUCAGUGCUAUAACAAUGAUGCUUAUGAAGAAUGUGUUAAUUCCGAGGAAAUCAUAGUUAAGUCUGACGACUUAGAGACAUUACACUCUAUCUAUAAGGGUCACAAACCCAGUGGAAAAGUUCAUAUACCUAGAAUUGUUAGCACAACUUUUCAGAAGAUUCCUAAUUUUGGAUUAGAAUUGCGUGCUUCUCCAGUAUUACUAGAUUAUUUUGCAUCUCGUGACUUCUCUUUGCCUGUGCAUGUCUCCCGGAUCGUUUCAGUUCCCAUCCCCAGUGAACCACUUGAGUCAGUAAUUCUUUCAACUGAUUAUAUAUCCUUUGCAAAACCUAGUGUGUUAGCUGAGUUUGAAAGAACCAAACAAGCUAAACUUAUUCAUUCAGUUUUAGUUUCCAAAGCAAAGUCGGUGAGUACUUCUGUUUUGAAUACUAAUCCAGAUGGGAAUAUUAAAUUGGCUAGAACUAAACUUCUUAAUCAUGGUAGGAUACCUUUAUCAUCUUUGCCAAUACCGGUGUGUGACGCUCUUGAGACUAGUUCUGAAUAUGUUUCUCACAACAAGUUUAACAUCCUGGGUGCAAACUAUGUGGGAGAAUCUUCUAAUAAUCAGUUGCGUGAUAUUAAUAUGGUUGAUGAAGUGGCUAAACGUGCUAAGCAACAUCAGUUGAUAGCUCUUCAAAACAGAAUUAAUGCUUUGAAAGAUAAUGAUGUUAUGUCUGAUUCGGAAGAUGAAACUAAAUUGGGAAUCCGUGCUAGGAAUGGAUCUUCACCAAGACUCAAGUCCUCCUCAAAUACUUCUAAUCAAGUAAAGCUAAAUAAACCUCAAAAUCCCAAGGUACACUGCUCGGCUGCUUUUGGCAACAGACUUCAAUUUGAGGGUUUUUCUUCUCAUGUUAAUCAUAAUGCUACUGCUAAUAGUAUUGCUAAUAUUUGGCAACUUAAUAGUCAAGAUGAUGUUACUCCAUGGCUUGUUAUGGGUGACUUCAACUGUAUUCUUCGGCUUGACGAUAAUAAGGGAGCGGAUUCUUUGGGUACUAAAUUCACUUGGACUAAUAGACAAUCGGAUACUGAUAGAAUUAUUAGUAAGCUUGAUCGUGCUGUUAUUAAUGCUGCUUGGCUUGCAAAGUUUGAGAAUUGGCGGUGUAAAGCUCUUCCUAGGCCUAAGAGAGCUCCUUUUCGUAUUCAGAAAAUGUGGUUUUUGCACGCUGAUUUUCUUCGUAUGCAAGAUCCAUUGAGGUUUGAAUCUGCUGCUCUUCGUUCGGAUGAAAAUCCUAGUGAUAUUACUAAUUUCAAUCUUAUGAAAGAUGCUAUGUCUAAGCUAAGUGAAACGCGUCUUCAGCAUAGCACUAUGCUUAAACAAAAAUCUAGAAAUCAAUGGCUUGUGGAGGGUUCAAGCAAUUAUACUUUCUUUCAUAAUAGCAUUCGUAUUCGAAGAAGUGCUAAUACUAUUUCUGAAUUAGUUGAUGAGGCCGACAUUACUAUUUCAUAUUAUGACCAGGAGUUGGACUAUGAACUUAGUUUAUUCGAUUAUGAGCAUCCUAGCAUCUUGGAGGUGGAGAGUCUUGCCAUGGACAGAACUCCUUCUCCGGAGGAGAUAAAACAAGUUGUUUUUGAUUUGGGAGCUGACAGUGCUCCAGGUCCAGAUGGGUUUUCUGGUUGUUUCUAUCGUCAUUGCUGGGAUAUUAUUCAGGAUGAUUUGAUCAAGGCUAUUACUUUUUGUUGGGAUACUGGUCAUAUUCCAAAUGGGAUCAAUUCUAGCCUCAUCAUUUUUCUUCCGAAGGUAAGAGGUGCGAACACUCUUUGUAAUUUUCGUCCUAUUGGUCCUAGUAAUUUUUUCUUUAAAAUUUUUACUAAGAUUCUUGCUACAAGGCUAGGUAGUGUUUUGGAUAAUCUGGUUUUUGAGGAACAGGUUGCGUUUAUGGAAGGGCGUAAUAUCCAUGAAAACAUUAGUUUGGCUUCUGAAAUGGUUAAUGAACUUCACCUUAAGCGCAAAGAUGGUAAUAUUGGCCUUAAGCUUGGUAUUUCUCAGGCUUUUGAUACAGUGAGUUGGGCUUUUGUGUUGGAAGUUUUUCGUAGAUAUGGUUUCUCGGAACAGUGGUGCUCUUGGAUUCAUGAUAUCUUGAAUUCAGCUAGAAUCUCUAUUCUUUUGAAUGGUUGUCCGGAGGGUUAUUUCAAAAUUAAUAGAGGUUUGCGUCAAAGGGAUCCUCUUUCUCCUCUGAUUUUUGUCUUGAUUGGAGAUGUUCUUAGCAGAAAUAUUACGAAGCUUUUUUGUGAUAAAAAGAUGUCUCACAUGGUUACAAGAGGUGGUAUCUCUCCUACUCAUAUUUUCUUUGCUGAUGACAUUAUGAUUUUUUGUAAAGGCAAUUUAAAAAGUCUUCAUAACCUUGUGGAAUUGUUGGGAAAGUAUCAAAGAGAUUCUGGUCAAACAAUAAAAUCUCAACUUGCUGGUUGGAAGGGUUUCUCCUUAUCUUUUCAUGAUCGUAUUGUGCUUGUUAAAUCUGUCAUUGCUAGUUAUUCUAUUCACAACAUGGCUAUUUACAAAUGGCCUCGCAAAUUUAUUUUGCAAUGUGAAAGGGCUAUAAGGAAUUUUAUCUGGACGGGUGAUUCUAAUGUUAGCUGUGCAGUGGUAGUAGUUUAUGACAAAGUUUGUUGUCCUUUUGAGGAGGGGGGCCUUGGCUUAGAUCGUAUGUCUACUAAGAAUGAUUCUCUUAUCAUGAAACUUUGGUGGAAUAUUCGUACUUCUAAGAAGAAACGGGCUGGUUUUCUUCGUGCCAAAUUUUUUGGUAGGAAUGGUUGUAUCAAAGUCAAGGGGGUGAAGUCUUCUAUUCUUCCGGGUAUUAAGAAGAUUUACAAGCUGGUGGAAUCGAACACUAGAGUUUUCUUAGGUGAUGGUCGUACUACUUCCUUGUAUUAUGAUGCAUGGUACUCGGAUAGGUGUUUUGCUGACAUCCUUAAUGACCAAAGCCUUGAUAGAAAUGUGCUGGUAAGUGAUUUUUGGUUAGCUGAUCAUUGGGAAUUCCCUGAAGUGCAUAUGGAUCGUAUGUUACAAGCUGGUGUUAUUGCAACUCAAUUGCCUAUUCCGAAUGGUGGGGACGAUUCAAGAGUUUGGAUGCCUGAUUAUACAUGCUUUUUUUCCGUCAGUUCAGCUAAAGAUUUGAUUCGUCAAAGAUAUAGCACCUUUGCUGGUGCAUCUCUUAUUUGGAAGAAAGAGGUACAUCCAAAUCUGGAUGCUCAGAAUUGGAAAUUCCUUAGAGGCGCAUGUGCUACUUUUGACGUUAUUAAGUCCAGAUUCAAAAUUCAGCUUGCAAACAAGUGUAGUCUUUGUGGUUUGGAGGAAGAGACGCUUACUCAUGUUCUUUUCCAUUGCAGUUUCGCUGGCCGUGCAUGGAAUUGGAUUAAUGAUACCUUUGGUUUAAUUGCUAAUGAAAAUCUUGUGAUUUCUGUCAAAGCAGCAAAAGGGAGAAGUACUAUGGUGCGUGAUCUUUGGCUGAUUACUAACCUUGUCAUCAGGUCAGAACUGUGGGUUGUUCGUAACAAAGCUGUUUUCGAACAUCAAAAGGCUAACUGGAGCUUGUUUUUGAAGAGAGUGCUUAAGAUAAUUCAGGAGUAUGUUGUUUGUCUUAAAGGUUGCAUGAAGAACUGUGCUGGGGAUGUCAUCAUCCUUGAUUACUUCCGUGUUCAUCAUAGAAAGGUUAAAUUUAGCGAGCCAAUUGAAUGCUUUUGGAAACCUCCGGAAGAAGAUGAAGUUCAAAUUUGCUGUGAUGGUGCAACGCGUGGGAACCCUGGUGUUGCGGGUGCUGGUGUUGUCGCAAGAGAUGCAAUCUGUUCAGUCCUUGGAGCUAUUUCUAUUGGUUUUGGGAUUACAAUAAACUACUUGGCUGAACUAUAUGGUAUUAUUGUUGGUAUGAAGUGGGCUGUUAGGUGGGGUUUCAGACGCAUUUGCAUAAGAUACUAUUCAUCUAGUGUUGUUGAAGCUUUGAAGAAUUCUAAUCUUCCUUGGUUUGCUAGACAAAGGUGGAGGGCAGUUUCUAAUCACUAUGAUACUAUAAGGUUUAUUCAUACCUAUAGAGAGGCGAAUUUCUCGGCAGAUGCUAUGGCAAAAAGAGGUUGCCUUCUUCGUAUGGAGGAGGGUCUACAUCAUGAUGGAAGACCUGAUUUUUUGCUUUCAGUUGAAUAUCCAAAUCAAAAUUUGCUUCUCUGUAUGUAUGAAUGA